CUUCAUGGUGGCCUGGGAGCGGCCCGAGGCCAACUUCGACUACUACCGAGUCGAGGUAACCGGCAGCAGCAGAGCCAGUAAUGCCGCUGUCGGACCCGAUCUCCUCGGCUCCUGUGCAAUUGGCUCCAUCCUCGAUGCAAACCGGACGCGAUUCACCUGCGAUCACGUUGAGGAGUGCACCGAGGUCACCUUCCGAAUACGUACCCACGCAAGGGGACCUCCUGAACGGGUAUCUUCGGGAGUAGCCCUCGAAGGCAUCGUCAUCCCCUGGCAAGACUCCUCGAACAACCUGACCAUACUCCCGAUAACAUCGACGCUGAGCCGACUACAAUGGGAACCGCCUAUAAACGUGUCCGACAUCCUCCGUGAAUACACGGUGAAGAUAUGUGACUGGUACGGGACAUGUGACGCGGAGCCGGACUUGGACGGCUGUGUUGAAUAUGGCACGUUGAAUAACUGGCUGGACUUCGAGACAACAGAAGAGACACUGUACUGCGUCGUGGUGAAGGCCAGCGCAUGGUGCAGCGGUCACGUUCUCACAGGCAGUCCUGCCCAGGCGGAGGUCAUGGCGCCCCUUUUUGCCCUUCCUGAUGUGGCCAACCUGAGACUGGUAUCGGCUCAGAACAGAUCCUUCACGGUGGCCUGGAAAAGGGCCGAGGUUAACUUCGACUAUUACCAAGUCGAGGUCACCGACAGCAGCAGCACCAGUAAUGCCACUGUCGGACCGGAUCUCCUCGGCUCCUGUGCAAAUGGCUCCAUCGUCGGCGCAAACCAGACGCGAGUCACCUGCGAUCACGUUGAGGACUGCACCGAGGUCACCUUCAAAAUACGCGGAUACACAAGGGGACCUCCUGAGCGGACAUCUUCGGAUGUUGUCCUCGAGGGCAUCGUCAUCCCCGGGCCAGUCCCAGACUCACCGAACAACCUGACCGUACUCCCGAUAUCCACGUCGCUGAGCCGACUACAAUGGGAACCGCCCACAAACGUGUCCGGCGGCCUCGGUGAUUACACGGUGAGGAUAUGCAACUGGUACUGGCCGUGUUACGCCGAGCCGGACAUGUCUGGUUGCGAUGAACAUCGCACGUCAGACAACUGGCUGGACUUCGAGACAACGGAAGGGAGACCGUACUGCGUUUCGGUGAGGGCCAGCGCAUGGUGCUACGAUCACGUGGUCAUGGGCAGUCCAGCCCCGGCUGAGGUCAUGGCGCCCUUUAUCCGUGGGGCUCGGCAGUGAGGAACGAGGUAGCCAACACAAUCACGUGGAGCAGCAGUCCUCCCAACUGCGCAGUAAGUGCUGCGCUCGCACUGACCUACAACAGGAGAAGAGCUCCAGCCAAUGUGUCCUGCUUCGCUGCAUCAUUCGUCGUGGCUGAGAUCCAGAUCUAUUUAUGACGUCUUACCAGCUCGAACACCAUCCGCAAAAGCAUUCUGAUGCACGCAUUUACUUUCGCGGACACUACGCCAGACGUCUUUGUAUUUGCCAUCAAGGUUUCUUUUAUUUGGUCAUAUUUAAUAAA